AGCUGAAAUGUCGCGGCUCGUUCAUCCGGUUGGACGAGUUGAUGUUGUCAUCUCACGCAUGACCCAAGGCACAUGCGAAUGCCGCCUGCCGCAGCGGCACGGCCUGUAGCCUCAAAAUAGGCUUGUUCUUUUUAUAAUAAUCUAAUCAAGAAGAUCUCCGUCUUCUAUCUGCGCGGGGGCGCCCACGGGCCACAUCUUCCCUUGGCCCCAGAAUCAAGUAUACCUACUCUGCGUACCAAUAGAAUCACCGAACAUCGCUUCUGAUCACUCAUUCGACCACCUCUCAACAGUUCGGGUGAGAUUGAUGUUGCAUGGUGCCGAGAGAAAAAUAGCAUGGGAACUUGUCACUUUCGACCGAAGCCAUACCCUUUGAGCACUACGUGCUUUGCCGAGUUGACCUCAUGCUCGCCGGAGAAGGCGAGAGGCUGCUCGUGCCGAAGUCAUGUCACCAUUGCGGGGUGGGUGCCCCAAUCUUCAUCUCCUUCGUACCCAGCUUCUACUAGCUGAUAUAUAUCAAGUCUGGUCCACAUCCGUGUGCUCCAAAUAGCUGUACAGACCUUUCGCCGUCUCACAGGUAUACCCCUUACCACAAUAUUCGACAAGAGUCAUGAGCUCCGAUCAGCAUCACUCCCCGGCCCCAUCCUCCGUCACCUAUUUCAACCCCUCCUCUCCGCUCGCCAACAACAAAGACCUCACAUCGUCCCCCCAAAAGACUGGUACCGAAGACGACAGCCAGAAUCCAUUCGACUCCGAGAAAGACGCCACGGGGCCAUACGACACUGUAGGCGGAGAGUAUCCCAAGUAUGCUGGGCUGGCUUAUAGAGGCGGGGGCGAGGCGGAGAAGGAUGCAAUGAGGGCCAAUGGUAUUCCGACUCGAGAAGGCAACGGCUGGGUGGAUGGCGAUCCCGCCGAUAGUGAUGUAUGGGAGGGUGAGCCUACCAAAGAGGACAUCCCGCUCAAGUACAAGAUUGGCUCGUUCUGUCUGAUCUUGUUCUUUGCCACGGGCAAGGAUUUUGUCAAGGGUAUCGGGAGUCCACUCAAGUCUACUUACAAGAAGCAGCUGGAUAUUACGAAUGCGCAGUACGGGACAAUCUCGAGCGCUUCCGGCUUGGUCAAUACCAUCAUCCCCAUCCUCGGCGGUAUCUGCAUGGACUAUUGGGGUUCUACUUACACUGCCGUCAUCGCCGGGCUUUUUGUCUUUGUCGGCAACAUUGUGGCUGCCGCUUGUUCCAACACCGACGAGUAUAGCCUUCUCAUUGGCGGACUUGUCAUCAUGGGUUUCGGGUCUUCCGUGGUCGAAUCGGUCCAGUCCAAGCUCUACACCCAUUGGUUCUCCGGCUCCUCCCUCGCUCUCAUAUUUGCCCUCGAUAUCGCCUGGAACCGUAUCGUCUUUGUCGUCUCUAAAGUUACGGCUGUACCCAUGACAGAGAUCAACGGCUUCUGGGGCUGGGCGCUCUGGAUCCCCGCCAUCAUCUCGGGUGUCAACUGGGCGAUCAUCUUGGCGUAUUGGUUCUACGAAGGCAAAGUAGUACCCAAGGUAUACAGACCUGGUGUCGUCAAGGGCAAGAAGGGAAAGAGGAUCGGCUGGGCCACGAUCUUUGGCAGUACGGGGACCUUGAGGAGGUUGCCAAAGUUCUUUUGGAUCUUCUGCGGCUCUCAGCUAUUCCAGAAUGCCGCCGUCGACGUGUACUCCACCAACCUCGCAGACAUCCAAACCGUAACCAGAGGGACUUCAAAGCUUGCGGCUGGCUACAACUCUGCAAUCUCUCAGGUCAUCCCUAUCGUUUUAACGCCUCUUACCGGGCUCUUCUAUGACAAAUUUGGAUACAGGAUGGCUUUCGUAUCCUUCACGGCCAUCCUGUACAUCAUUGUCUUUGCCCUCAUCGGUCUCACACAAGUCACACCUCUGUGUCCUAUCAUCAUCUCUUCUUUCGCCCUCACCACCAACGUGAUCACCUUCCUCUCUGCCAUUCCCAUUCUAGUGGGCGACGACAGAUUGCUCGGUACGGCUUUCGGCGUUUGGAAGGCGUUCAGCAACUGCAACUCUAUCGUGCUCGACGUCGCUGCCGGUGCUAUCCAAGAUGACUCUUCCACCGGCUCAUACGACGGCAUGAUCUACUUUAUCAUCGCCAUCAAAGCCGUCGAAGUCGUGCUCGGGCCUAUUUACUUUUACCUCGACCGUAUCUGGCUCGGCUCUUCCCUCCGCGUCCCCGAGAGGAAGCGUGUUCAGAUCCGAAUUGAUGCUGUGCGAGCGGCGGUGGAGAGGGGUCAAGGUGAGGAAGGUAUUGGGGCAAAGGGGUCUGGGUAUGAGGGGUGGAAAAUUAGUAAGACGACUACUUGGGUGGUCGGGGCCGAGUUGGUGGGGUUGAUCAUUGUGGCGUGGGUCAUGUUCUUUGUUUAUACUAUUGGUUAG